UUACGGAACAUUUAGAUCCUCUCUUUAAAAGUAGUAUUCAUCUACUUUAACUAAUAUUUUAGUUUAUUCUUUCCAGAAUCUGUAUAAAAAAACUCAAUUAAAUUCCACAGUCAAAACCUCUCUCAAUUUCACAACCAAACCUACAACUGUUUACCAUUUUUGUUCUCUCUCUCUCUCGAAAUCUUCCAACUUAUAAUCGCUUUUCUUCAAUUAAUUGAUUAUUCUGAAUCUACUAUGUUCAAUUUUCAUGUCAAUUUUCAACAGCGAUGAAGAAGGAAAGAUCACCGCACCACCACCAACAGUGAAGAAAAUUGCAGAAAACUUGGGCUGAAUUGUGUUGUUUCGGUUGCUCCUCCAUACAGCUGUUUUGGGCAAGAGUGGUUAUGCGUAAAUGGCUUAACAUUGGUACCAACGAAUCUGAUUAUAGUGCUGAUCCUGAAGAUGAAGAUGAUGUUGAUAAUGACGACGAUGAUGAUUCAGAAAAUGAAGAGUGGGGAAGAAAGUCACGGUUUAUGGACAGAAGAGGUGGUGAAGCUCCAUCUGAAUCAAAUGAACUUGUUCCGAGUUUAAGGAAACAGAAGUCGUCAACUUAUAGAUCUCAGUAUAUAAACACAAAGGAACUGAGGGUGUGUGCGGCGACAUGGAAUGUUGGUGGAAAACUUCCACCUGAUGACCUAGAUAUUGAUGAAUGGCUUAAUGUCAAUGAGCCAGCUGACAUCUAUGUCCUCGGUCUUCAAGAGAUCGUACCUCUAAAUCCUGGUAAUAUUUUUGGUGCUGAAGAUACUCGUCCUGUUCCAAAAUGGGAGAAUAUUAUUCGGGAAGCACUUAAUAGAGCCCGACCUUCAGUAACGAAGACAAAAUGCUUUAGCGACCCUCCAUCUCCGUCAAAAUUUAAGCCAUCAGAUGAUGGCCCUGAUAUCGAAGAAGAAAUAUUAUUCGAAAGUGAUAGUGACAUUGGUGAGGAAAUCCAUCCUUUGGAUGAAGAACAAAAUAUUUGUGAUAGAAGUACUACAGAUGAAAUCACGAACACAAGUUUAUCGGCUUCCAAUGUUGCUGAUAAUGCCAACUCCAGUGAGCCGAUUGACAAUGAUUACAAAAGACAGUUUUCAUUUCCAAAGAGGUUCAAUUGGCCACAAAGUCCAACGGAAAAAAUGGAUGCAUCAUUUUCACAAAAGGCCAAUAAACUAACCAGAAUGCUUAGUGGAUCUGAAAGAAUCGGUUUGAGCUGGCCAGAGCCUCCACUACAUCUGCUAUCACAAAGAGUUUUGGAGAGACCAACUUCUUUUAAAUCAUUCAAAUCCUUUAGGUCAUUAAAAUCAUUCAAAACAUAUAAUUCUUUUAAGUCAUAUAUGGAUGAAAUGCCAGGAAUGGGUUUGCUUCCUGAACUCGACCUUGAAGCUUUAAUGAAGCGGAAAAGAAGAUCUUCAUAUGUAAGGAUUGUGAGCAAGCAGAUGGUCGGAGUUUUUGUCACUGUAUGGGUUCGUCGGAGCUUACGUAAACAUAUUCAUAAUUUAAAGGUUUCAACUGUAGGCGUUGGCAUUAUGGGCUAUAUUGGUAACAAAGGAUCAAUAUCUGUCAGCAUGUCCAUAUAUCAAACACUUUUUUGUUUUAUAUGCUCGCAUCUUACGUCCGGUGAAAGGGACGGAGACGAGCUUAAACGAAAUGCUGAUGUUCAUGAAAUUCUUCGCAGAACACAAUUUCAUUCACCUUCUUAUAUUGGACUUCCUAAAGGCAUCCUUGAUCACGAAAGAAUAAUUUGGUUGGGUGAUUUAAAUUACCGUAUCAACUUACCAGAUGUGGAAACAAAAGCUCUUAUCUCAAAAAAGCAGUGGUCAAAGUUGGCCGAGAAAGAUCAGCUCAUGCGUGAACUCAAGAACGGCGCAUUUGGAGGAUGGUCAGAAGGGAUGUUAAACUUCCCACCAACUUAUAAAUAUGAGGUUAAUUCAGACAAGUACUACGGAGAAGACCCCAAGGCUCCAAAGCGUACACCAGCAUGGUGUGAUCGUAUACUUUCAUAUGGCAAGGGGAUGAGGGUACUGAGUUACAGAAGAACUGAGCUCAAAAUGUCAGAUCACAGACCCGUGACAGCAACAUAUACCGUCGAGGUUGAGGCGUUCUCUCCUAAGAAGCUACAGCGAGCCCUAACUUUCACUAACGCAGAGAUUGAAAAUGAAGAAGCCAUUAAAAAAUUAAUUAGUUGGAAAUAGCUGCUUAAUUUGAACAGGGAUUUUUUACAGAGAUUAAGUAUGUCCAGAAUUUCAAUUUCAAGGAGCAACAGCGAUAGCUGCUGCAACUUCUAACACACAGUUUGCCACCGCUAGAUAUUAGAUUCAUUCUUUUUUUUUCUACUUCUUCAAUAUUUAAAGAGGAAAUAGUUUUGUUUUUUCUUUCAUAAUCUUUCCAAUAGGAUUUAGAUUUAGAUGUUUGAAUGGAUGUGUCCUAUAUGUGUACUUGUGUAAUUGUGUAAUUGAAGUGUGUAUCAUAUGUAAGAUCUUUAAAUGAGAGCUCUACAUGUUUAUAGAAAUAAAGGCUUGUUUUUUUGUCCCGUAA